UACUUAUGUGGCAACAAGAUAAAUAUAACCCAGUGAAGGGAAUAAUACAAGGUAUCUACAUGUACAUCAGGACCACUGCAUAAUGACUCCGCUGUAUCUAUGUUUGGCUGUUGCAACGCUCUUUUUGGCGAGUUCUGAUGCCUAUUCUCCUCAUAUUUAUUAUAUGGACGUGCAGUGCGGGUCGAGAAAAGGUUUCACUAAGGAUGUGAGACUGCAGUUGACGUACUCUCCCAACACCCCCCUUAUCCACAAGUCGCCAUGCUACAUGAUGAUGGAGACGGAUACAGAAGGCGACCAGCUGCUUGUCCGGAUCAGAAAUCUACACACAUCACCGUCUAUCAACUGCAGUAAAAACAGUUUGAAAAUAAUAGCUCCUGAUGAACACACAGUGUUAAACGGAGAGUACGGGGACUGCGGAUCAACACCACCGACAAGGAGUUAUCUGACCAAUGGAAGUUCAGUCAGUUUCGUCUUCAGUACAGAUGACACCACCCAGAAUGGCCAGUUCGACAUCCUCAUUACGUCUUUUAAUAUAUCUGAUAAUGGUGUGUGUUCAAGUGAUCGCUUCCUUUGCGACAACAGCCGAUGUGUGAGCAGCGACGUCACGUGCAACGGCUUCAACGACUGUGGCGACAACAGCGAUGAACUCGACGGUUGUGGUUUAAGUGCUGCUGCCAUUGCAGGCCUCGCCGUUGGGUCGUUUAUUGGCUUCGUCAUAUGCUUUCUCGUAAUCACCAGCAGAGUAAGAAGGAAGGGAUUCAAUAGAGGCCGUAAGAUCAGAACACCAACAGAUGUUCAGAGCAAGCCUCGAUACGGGAGUAUAUUUGGUAGACGAAAACAGCACACCUAUCGAGCCCCAAUCGCUCGCAGUUUACCAUGACCUGUUUGGUACCAGAACGAAUGGCCAAAUCUGGAAGCGGUCAACAGCCGACUGUGGACAGAAAGAACACCAAACAAUGAGGACAUUCAACAUAGCCAGCUUCGUCAUUACAUUGCUAUCUUUGUAAUUACUCCUAUCUCAUUGGCUUCGUCAUUACAUUGCUAACUUUGUACGUUAAUCCUAUCUCAUUGGCUUCGUCAUUACAUUGCUAUCUUUGUACGUUAAUCCUAUCUCAUUGGCUUCGUCAUUACAUUGUUGUCUUUGUACAUUAAUCCUAUCUCAUUGGCUCCGUCAUUACAUUGCUAUCUUUGUAAUUACUCCUAUCUCAUUGGCUUCAUCAUUACAUUGCUAUCUUUGUACAAUAAUCCUAUCUCAUUGGCUUCGUCAUUACAUUGUUGUCUUUGUACAUUAAUCCUAUCUCAUUGGCUCCGUCAUUACAUUGCUAUCUUUGUAAUUACUCCUAUCUCAUUGGCUUCGUCAUUACAUUGCUAUCUUUGUAAUUACUCCUAUCUCAUUGGCUCCGUCAUUACAUUGCUAUCUUUAUCCUACCUUGUAUUGUGUAAACAUAUAGUAGGUGAAUUCACCCGAGGAAGGAGAAAGAAGGAGCUCUGAAACGCCAGGACAAAGAAUAAAAGAAGUUGUUAUCCAUAAAAA